AUGCCUAUGAUCGUCGUAGACGGAAACUUUGCCGCGGUAGCGACGGCUUAUCCCGCGCAUCUCCAGCGGCCAUCGCCAUGGCAUACCUCUUAUCUGAUCAUCUUGCUUAUACACGCCGCAACACUUUGCCCGGUGAGGAAGCUUAUUGCUUUGCGAGUAUUGUCGGAGAUGGGCAUCGUAAAGGAGGCACCCGAAGCUCUUCGACACUUAGAGGCGCAGAGGGAAAAUGGUUACGCCAACCCCAUCCGCAUUAGCGAUCCGCCCACCUGGCUAGAACAUGCUGGGGUAGGAGCGAAACCGCCACUCUUGGUUGGGGAAACGUCCCCGACGCCUCCAAGCGCUUCCUUUCGGCCGGGUCUUAUGAGACAAUACACGAGAUCUGCAGUGGACGACAUGGGACUCCCUCUCGAUGUUCACCAUGUGAUCUGGCUUGCGCUCCUGCGUCUAGCGAGGACAUGGAACACGACGCUCUUCUGGCUGUGA